AGCCAUUUUUAUUAAUAGAUAAUUGAUCCGUUAACUUAAUUGCACAAGUUCGUUAUGCUCAUUUUGUAACCCCAAAAAAAAGAAGAAGAAAAUGAUUAACUUGUUAUUGUCGGAGCCCAAUUGGAACGACAACGUAGAUGAUGAUGGUUCGACGAAAUUAAGAAUCUCUCUUUUAAAGGAGUUGGAAACCGUUAUUUGGUCGACGAUGAUGUCGGGGUCUCGCGCCGAAGCUCGACAAUGGCUUUGCAAAACCAUUGCAGGAGUGAAUUCCGUGAGUCCUCGCGAUAAGCGUGAGUUGUUUGGGAAUUUGCUGAGAAAUCGAGGGAAGAAGAUGGGUUUGGCGUCUCAGCUUCUGAAUUUGAUGUUUGACAAGUCUCCGCAAAAAGGGGGUUCCAUUUUGGCUCAGAGAAGUCACAUACUUGAGAAAUUUUUUGAAGGUAAUCCUAAGCGUGUAUCGCAGUGGUUUUCCUAUUCUUCCUCUGGCCGUGGACAAGAGCAGGGAAAAGGUUUCAGGGCAUUGUCCCAGUUUGCAUUUAAAUAUAGGGAUAUUUGUUGGGAGGAGUUGGAGUGGAAAGGAAAGCAUGGACAGUCACCAGCAAUGGUUGCUACAAAGCCCCAUUAUUUUCUUGAUUUGGACAUCCAACAAACCGUGGAAAACUUUCUCGAGAAUGUGCCUAGAUUUUGGUCAUCUAAUGAGUUUGCUGAGUCAGUGAAAGACGGGGAUAUUUUGUUCAUUGAUAGGUCAUUCUUUGUGCGUUAUUUCAUUGAUUUAAUGUACAAAGAGGAUUUAAGAGAUGUGUGGGAAGUUAUAAAUGAAUUCCUCACAGAGCAGCCUUUCUCUUCCUUGUGUGAGCACCUUCUUAUUACUCUUGAUGAGCAAGACUUAUGCUUCUUUUUGGAACUGCUUUGUAAAUCUCUCAGCCCAAGAAUGGAAUUUCAAGACUUCAAUGACGUCUCUUAUUUUUUUGUGAUUGUACUUUUAAAGUGUGGUGCUUCUAGAUCUAUUGACCAGAUACUGUUGUUAAAUGCUGUCAUGACUCAGGGGAGGCAGCUUCUACGCCUUUUACGUGAUGACGAGGCCAAGGAGCCACAAGAAAAAAUCAAUGAGAUUGUAUCAAAGAUAUCUGCAAUCCCAAGUAAUCCUAAUAGCUUGACUCCAAUCUUCAAGCAUAUGUGUAAGAUGACAACUGUAGAAGCGAUAAAGUGUCUGGGACUUCAAUCUUGGGUUCUUUACUAUAGAUUGUCACAAGAAUGCCGAACUCCUGAAUCCUGGGAGUCUGUCUUUAUGAAUAAUCAAAUUGGUUUCCGCAACUCUGAUAAAUAUGCAUUGCUAGAUACGGAUCGACCAUCAGAAGAAGAUUGUUCUGGUUUUGAUUGCAGUCCAUCAGUUGGAGUUAAAUAUAAGAAAAAACAAAAGGCUAGGAAGAAGAGAAGAAAGACCUAUGAUUGUGAUGAUGGUAAUGAUGAUGAGCUGCUAGACUUUGAUAUUGCAAGCCGGAAGUUGGAUUUUCUGUCAAAUGCUAGAAGCUGGUUGCUUUCAACGGAUGAUUACUCUUCAGUAUGGAGUAGUGCAGAUUUACCUGAGCACCUUCAUAGACAUUGCUUGUCUAGGUGGAUGAUAUGGCUUUUUAAACAAUGAGGUCGAAGCCUGCUCCAAUGGAUCCACCUAAGAGAUGUUGUGCCAUUAUCUCCUAACUGUUAGAUGGCAAGAUCAUUCUCCCAGUUUUGGUAUUUUCCACUCAGUUCAUGUAUAGUGUGCUGUGGCUCUUGAAUCUGCCAUUGGCUAUUGCUGGUGAUGUGGAAAACUUUGUAUUUCAUUUUGAAGAUUCUUACAAAUAUAAGCUGUACUUUCAGUGAAAGGGGAUGAUCUGAAAAUUUCAUGAAAAGCCAGCUCAAGAACUCGUCAAAAUUAAUAAAGCUUGUGUUCAUUGCGAAGCUCGGGAAGUAAUAAAGCUUUACUGAUUUGCUUCAGAGUGCUACCAUCUUUUGAUUGGCAACAUGGAUUGUCGUCCAUGUGCUCCUAAUUUUUCUAUCACAUAUCAAUGUACUAUCUUAGUUUGGAAUUAUGGUGAUAUGAAUAUUGAUAUCAGAAUAACUCUCGAAUGCUGCAAGGAUCAUCUACAGUGCUAUGAAGAGCAUGCUCAGGCAAGUUGUAAUACUCAAGCUCCUUGACUAAUUUUCUAAAGGCAUAUUCAUCUAGUUGUGUUUAUAUU